UAUUUCUUGUGCCUUCUAGCCCUAGACCGCUGUGCAGAAGGAAAGCUGCUUAGGAAAAGUUGGACUUAUAUUGAUCGCAUUCGAAAGCGAAAGCGUGUGUCCAUGUUCCCAGAAUGUGGAGAAAGUUAUUGGUCCAAGUCGUGUUAGGGGUUAUGGUUCAACACUAAUCGGGCACAUAGGACUUAGUUGGCCAGAAUGACUUCCUUCCCGGUGUCAGAUCCAGUCCAUUCUGGGCGGGAAUGACUUUACACGACGACCAACCGAAGAAGGUUGGUUUGAUCUUGAAGCCAAACUUAUUCUUCACUUGUGUAAAAAAGUUUUACCUAGGAAGGAUCUAGAUGAAAUAUGUUUUGCAAAUACAAAAUGCCUGUAGCAACAAGAAGAUGAAUUGAUGAAGGGUAGAUUGAAAGAAAGAGCUAACAUAUACCUAUCUCUUUAAAGACAAAAUAAAACAAACUUGUUACUAUCUUCAAAAUAUGCAUUAUCCAUUUUCUAAAAACGAUUGAUAAUACAGAAUAUAAAAAGGCGUGAAAUGCCAUGAACAACGUGCAUCAAAAACCCUUAAAAUCGGAGAUUUCAUUCUAUAAAACCGAUGGUAUGUGUAAUAAUCACCCCAAGCAGAAUUGAAAGAAAGACCGACUGACCAGGACAAAUAGACAUCAAGGCUACGGUACUUAGAGCGCAAAUAUACCCUGACGGAUGGGCAGCGCUUGUCCGCAGUUGUAAUUGUAAUGCUGGCCACAGAGAGAAUUUACUGACCAGGUGGGCAAAGACCUAGACGUAAGGUUAAAGGUUUUCCCCGGUGUAAAACGCACGAGCGAGCACAGGAAACAAUGCGUGGUAUGAAUGGAUGAAUGCGUAGGAUGGCAGAUGGUUCGAGCAUAAAUGGUGGCACGAAAACCGUAAAAUGAGAGCCGGGAAGCAACAGCUGAUGCAUUUCGGAGCCCUGGUUGGUUCACUGUGGCGAACGCUGCACCGACUGGUGGUUUAAGGUUGGUGAAACAAACCCGGUAGGGAUUUUCGGGUAGGGGUCUGGUCGUGCAAAUACGUAUCCGACGAGUGUUGGUGGACUUUAUUCGGGUGAGGAAUUGUUUUGAAACUGGUAUGUUACACCUGGGUUGUAAAGGUAUGGUACGGAUAUAAUGCAACACGAUACUUAAGUGAAACAUUCAUGCAUUUGUCAAGAGCUUAUGUUGAUGGAGGAAGGGAUUUUGUUGUGACGCAUGCUACAACACCGUGUUUGUAUGAUUGUUGAGAAAUUUUGCCAUUUAUUCAAAGAACAUGAUAGCAUCUUAGACAGUAAGGAUUACGUUUUCUUGGGUGUAAAGAGCAAUGCGUUAUGGCAAUAAUGUUUGAAGCGUAUAAGAAGCGUAUAGAAAGAAAGGAUGCAAAUGAUGCAUUAAAAGAUUUAUACAUAGUUGCUAGAUAAAAUGAGAUGGAACUAAAAACACAGCUCUUUCUUCUUUUAAAGAUAUUAUAAAACGUUUGGUUACAAAGUAUUCGUGGUUGCAAUGUAAAACGUUUAUAGUGAUUAUAUUAAUGAGAACAAUAAUUAAUCUAUACACAUCACAAUUUCGAAAAACCCGUCUUUAUGAAAAAUAAAAUUAAUAUAAAAUAUAAAACUAAUAAACACAAUUAGCAGGACCCCAAGCAAGGACUGACUAUCCAGCUAUGUGAUAAAACAAGUCUAGUAAACCAAAAAUGGCCGAAGUGACCUUAGAGGUCGUUAAGCCAAGAAAGAAGAAAGAGAAUACUUAUUUGAUCAACAGCUCAAGAUUUUACUUCAAUAAUAUAUUCCUUCAAUAACAAAAUUGAUGAAGGAAAAGUUUGAAAUUCUAAAAAGCAUGCAACUCUUUAAUAGAACUUAUCGUUCAACGGGAAUCCAAAUGUGUUAAAAAUAUUGAUAAAUAAAAUAACAAAUCAUGAUAGGAUUAAAUGAAAUGCAAAUGUUGAUGUUCUAUGUGCUUUUUAACCUUUACGGGGGGAGCCGCAGCAUUCCAAACCGUGUAUUUCAUAUUUAUUCCUUUUAAUAUUAAUUCUAUCAUUCAAUAAACAACCGGAAAGUGAUACUAAAACGAACAUGUUUAAACAUUCGCGUACGUUCAUGCUAAAUUCGCCGAGUAACGUCCUGCCACUUGUUCUGUUCCACACGAGUUAAACUACACAGCAUCCACAUUUCUGCUACACAUUGUUCAUGAUGAUUGCGACAAAAUUCGAUUCGUUUCCCUGGCAGGUUUGCCCUUCAGUAAAAUUGCCAUUUUCCGAGGGAGAACACUACGCAUAAAAACUACAUCAACUCGUCUGCAGCCCAAACCGAUUGCAAAAUGCUUUCCACUUCUUUAUUGCGUUUAUGAUAGGAGGGAAAUUGUGCGUGUGGAUGUGUGGGUGUUCACAAGGGUGUUACUGUUUGCUUUUUGUGUGUCGGGACAGAGGAUACACCAGGACACAGCUAGACCAGACAUGAUGAUGUUGACUCGCAGGAUACGUUGUUACCAUGGUAACAGACAUGUUCCCUACACGGGUGAAAUGUUGCCCUGCACAGGGACGAAGGAACGUGAUUGUUUAAACGUUGGCCACGAGCAUUGGAAACUCUGGCUGCAAUGAACACCAUCCGUGUACCACCGCGUUUUGCCAUAAUGAACGAAAAAUAUCGAUUUUCUCUCCCUUUUGCAUGCUGAAUCUGUUAGUUAGUUAGUUCGGCUAAAUUGCCCUAGGGAACCAUUUUGCCUUCAGGGACACUAAAGAUUCCUUUUUUCAAGGUCGAUUCAAACAUGCCUAUCGGGGUGAGAGAAAACUCGAUGAAAUUUGCACCCUCAGCAUCCGGUAGGGCUAAUUUGAGCUAAACCAAAUGUUCCAGGUUGUGGACGUGUACUUGCUUGAGCCACGGACAAAUGAAUGUGGCCAAUGAAAACAGAUCGAGAUUACUUCCAACGCGGUGUGCUGGUGGAGCUACGUGGAGCAUUUGAAUUCGAUGUUUUUUCGGACGCCUUAUCGAGACCGCUGCUAUCAGCAGAAGGCGUGCGACUCGUCGUCACAUUAUCGGUGCAAUGUGGAAGUACGUCUACGUCAGUAUGGCUACACACUUCGACUUCAGUUGUUUGACUGUCAGACAUUCACACCGAACCUUGCCGUGAGUAAUACUCGUGCGUUCCACAAUACUGUGAGUGUAGGAUGGUCGUCGGAAGUAGAUCUCUGGUGGCCCGUACUGCAUUGGCGGUGAUCGUACUAGCUAACAUAUUCGACACCUCAAGUGCCGCCAAUAUUCUGGCCGUGUUUCCAAGCAUCAGCAAAACUAAUUAUAUCUUCGGUCAGGUUCUGUUUGAGGCACUCGCUGCAAAAGGCCAUAAUCUAACUAUUGUAAGUCCAUUUGAGAUCCAGUAUGCGUACGAGAACAUUCGACAGCUGAGGAUAACCGGCCUGUUUAACCAUAUCGAAGAUUAUGGACUGCACGCAAACGUGUUUACCAAGCGAGACAAAUCUAGCUUCUAUGGUAAUACCAAUCUCAUCUACGGCACGGCAGCAAUGGCCGACUAUACGUUGGGCCAUCCGAAGCUGCAAGAGCUGCUGAAGAACCCGAACGAGACCUUUGACCUGCUAAUCCUGGAUCAGGUGCUGUGCGAAAGUUUACUCGGGUUGGCUUAUCAUUACGGUGUGCCGGCGAUUGUGUACAGCGCGGAUGCCUCCAACAAGUAUACGAACGAGAUGGUAGGGAAUCCGCACAAUCCAGCCUACAAUCCGAUUCCUUCGCUGGGGUACUCCGAUCGAAUGCAUUUGGUACAGCGAGUGUGGAACACAUUCGUUUCCAUCUGCGAGCAGUUUAACUACCGGUACAUUUACCUUCCCUCUCAAGAAGCAGUUUACCAACGGUAUUUUUCGCUGCGCAACCAACCACCUCUGCUAGAUCUCAUCCACAACGUUAGUCUGGUAAUGGUCAAUAGCCAUCCAGUGAUUAACUUUGCCCGCCCGCUUGUACCGAACAUGAUCGAGAUUGGUGGAGCACACAUCAGACAGCUCGAGGAUACGGGCUUCUCGCAGGAUGUGAUCAAUUGGGUGGAAAAGGCCAAGAAUGGAGUCAUCUACUUCAGCAUGGGCACCAAUAUUCGGUCGGCAGAUUUCCCCGACAGCUUGCGGGAAGCAUUUGUGGGCGCAUUUAGCAAGCUUAACCAGGUGUUGAUCAUCUGGAAGUGGGAAAAUGCAACUCUACCGAAUCAGUCGGCGAAUGUGAUCAUUGGACCGUGGAUGCCACAGCAACAGCUGCUCGCCCAUCCAAAUGUGCGGCUGCACAUUACGCACGGCGGAUUGCUUAGCAUGAUGGAGACAGUGCACUACGGUAAACCGAUCUUGGGUUUACCGCUUGCAGGAGAUCAAGAGAUCCUUGUCAACCGAGCGGUAGAAGCUGGUUACGGUUUAAAGCUUGAUUAUCAAAAUGUUACCGAGGAUGGUGUGUUGGAUGCGAUUAAUCAAAUUCUCAACGAACCAGAAUUCCGCUAUGCUGCGAUGAAAGCAUCCCGACAGUUUAGUGAGCAACCGCUAAAACCUAUGGACAAAGUCCUUUAUUACGUUGACUACGUGCUAAAGAAGGACAGUGGCAUCAAUUACAUGCGCAGUGGAGCACUGUAUCUAUCAUUCUGGCCCCGACACGUUGUGGACGUUGCCUCCAUACUGGUGCUAAUCACCAUGAUUCCGGUGGGAUUGUUUGCCACACUGAUUCAAAUUAUUCUGCGAAAAACUCACGAACGAAAGUUGAAAAAUUUAUCUGACGUGGGUAAAGCCGUAUCAAAUGGAAAAUCGUUGGUAAAAGAUGCUAAAAAGAAGCGCAACUGAACUGAAGUUUAAUUUGUUAACAUUGGUCGUUAGCUUUUUAUAAAAACAUACAAAACUUUGACUGAGCUAAGAACCGUUUUAUACUAUUGUUGUAAUAAAAGUAAAAAGUGAAAUAAUUUAUAA